UAUUUGGCGGCGCGGUCGGCGCGCCCGUUUUGAAGCCGCCCUCAGCGGGGCGGGCCUCGCGGUCUCCGGCCGCCGCCCCCCUCCCAGGCCCCGGGCCCCCACGAGUCGGCGCGGCCCCCAGGGGAGGGGUGGGCUCGGGCCUGUGCCGGCAAGGGGCGCGGGGGCCGGGUCGAGCCGCCGCGAUGGCUCCCGGCAAGGUCCUGCAGCCGGUACUGAAGAUGAAGGUGGACGAGCUGUUCCUGCGCUGGCUCAGCGAGGCCGGCACGCAGCUCAUGCUGCAAGACUGCCUGCGCAGGAUCCAGUCGUCCGGGCCAGGCGCCGGCGACGCGGGGCUGCCGGGGCCCUGGACCCCCGCCUCCGGGCCCAGCUCUCCCGACCCGCGGGGGCCGCCCGUCGGGGCGCCCAGCCCGGCCCCUGCGCUCCCCCUGGGAGCCCCCACGAGCCCCAGGAAUGGGCCCCACGCGCGGGGCACUCGGAGAUCCGUCAGCGCGAGAGUAGUUCAGACAAAGAAGGAAGAGCCUCUGCCCCCAGCCACCAGCCAAAGCAUUCCAACCUUCUACUUCCCCAGAGGACGCCCAAAGGAGACGGUGAACGUGGAUGCUGUCAUCGCCAAGAUCGAGCGGACUUUCGCCCAGUUCCCACACGAGAGAGCCACAAUGGAGGACAUGGGCAGAGUGGCCAAGGCCUGCGGCUGUCCGCUCUACUGGAAGGGGCCACUCUUCUGCGGUGCUGGUGGGGAGCGCACAGGCUGUGUGUCCGUCCACAAGUUUGUCGCCAUGUGGAGAAAAAUCCUCCAGACCUGUCAUGACGACGCUGCCAAGUUUGUCCACCUGCUCAUGAAUCCUGGCUGCAACUACCUGGUGCAGGAAGACUUUGUCCCCUUUUUACAGGACGUGGUGAACACCCACCCAGGCCUGUCCUUCCUGAAGGAGGCGUCAGAGUUCCACUCCCGCUACAUCACCACGGCCCUCCCCCUGCAGGUCAUCCAGCGGAUAUUCUACACGGUCAACAGGUCCUGGUCGGGCAGGAUCACUUGCACAGAGCUCAGGAGGAGCACCUUCCUACAGAAUGUGGCCCUGCUAGAGGAGGAGGCAGACAUCAACCAGCUGACUGAGUACUUCUCGUACGAGCACUUUUACGUCAUCUACUGCAAGUUCUGGGAGCUGGACACGGACCACGACCUGCUCAUUGAUGCACAGGACCUGGCCCGGCACAACGACCAUGCCAUUUCUACAAGGAUGGUCGACAGGAUAUUCUCGGGAGCCGUGACCAGAGGCAGAAAAGUACAGAAGGCAGGCAAGAUUAGCUACGCGGACUUUGUCUGGUUUUUGAUCUCUGAAGAGGACAAAAAAACCCCGACCAGCAUAGAGUACUGGUUCCGCUGCAUGGACCUGGACGGGGACGGGGCGUUGUCCAUGUUCGAGCUGGAGUAUUUCUACGAGGAACAGUGCCGCAGGCUGGACAGCAUGGCCAUCGAGGCCCUGCCCUUUGAGGACUGCCUCUGCCAGAUGCUGGACCUGGUCAAGCCCCAGAAUGAAGGGAAGAUCACGCUCCACGACCUGAAGCAGUGUAAGCUCGCCAAUGUCUUCUUUGACACGUUCUUCAACAUCGAGAAGUACCUUGACCACGAGCAGAAAGAGCAGGUCUCACUGUUCAGGGAGAGCGAGAGCGACGGUCCCGAGCUGUCAGACUGGGAGAAGUACGCUGCCGAGGAGUACGACAUCCUGGUGGCCGAGGAGGCUGCGGGCGAGCCGUGGGACGAGGGAUUCGACACAGAGCUUAGCCCUGUGGACCAGAAGCUGAGCACACUGCGGUCCCCGCUGUCCCAGAGGCCCUUCUUCGAGACACCAUCCCCCCUGGGUGCUGUUGACCUGUACGAGUAUGCCUGUAGGGACGAGGACCUGCAGACUUUGUGACGCACCCAGGGAUCGUGUGCGGUGGCCCAUGCUACACGCCAGGGUGAUCCGCUGAGAGGUGCCAGUUUUGGUGUAAAAAACAAAACCGUUUAAUCGUUGAGCUCUCUUUUGUGGAAGAUGAAGUGCGUUUGUACGGAAUGAUAAACUUUUAUUUACACGUCGCUAGUCACAGAUGUCAUUGGUGGCGCAGAUUGAUUCCUACCUGACCUUGAGGGGCCGACGCUGGCUCAAGAACUCUGCAGUCUGGCACGUCGGCCCCAGGGUCCCUUGUAAAUUGGGACAGGCUCCUGUGCUAACACCCUGGGCCCCACCCACACUGCAGCUUUUGGAGUGGAGGUGUCGACUUACCCGUCCUGGCCGGCAGAUCACCCCAGGAUCUGGCUGCUCUGGAGAGGGCCACGGUGAUGUCCUCUGCCACAUGCUUGCUCCUCGGCGCUGGGCGCACGCCACUCUCUCCUGGGGUCGUCAUGAACAUUCCACGAGCUCCGGACGGGCCCAGCUGGCCACACCCGCAUCUCCCACGUGCGGGGCGUGGGCAGGGAACCCGGCAGCGCCUACAUUGGGAUGUUUUUACAUAAAUGUACAGAAGUAUGUAAAGGUAACCUUCAUUUGCUGUGUAUAGCGGUUUACGAAUGUUUUAUGUGAUCACGUUUGUAUUUUCAAAUAAAGAAUUUAAGGAUUUUCA